AUGUUUACCUUACAGUUAUUGUAUCGAGGACUAAGUGUAAUUCUCCUUUAUGCUACUGUCUUGUGUAUUGGGGGCUGUAAUGGAAGCGCUACUUAUAACCACACAGGAAAAAAUGAUGAAAACCAGAAAAUCAACAGAAUGACAUUUUUAACAACAUGGAUAAAUCAAACGGACAAUCACAAACAAACACACUUGUUGGAAUACCUAAACAACAAGACUUGUCCAGUGAAAGUGAUAAGAAAUGACAUAAAUACAUGUUUGUGUACAACCGAAGUGUGCGCCAAAAUUGAAUGUAUUGGUUCUGAAAAAGGUUCCCAUUUAUCCAUCAAUUGUAAGAUAGAGAUGGUUCUUGUAAAUCAUGUGGAUUGUUCUGUUUUUGUUGUGAUCGACGACCUUUCAUAUGGACCUAUAAGAAAAUACAUUUGUACAUCAUGCAGCAGAAAAAUGUUUUCCAUUGAAGAAAUUCGAUUGCAAGGAAUAGUAUUAUCAGAUUGGGACACACUUACCACUGUAAAUUUAGGAGAACGAGAUGAUAUGAAAUCGCAUGAAGGAGUUUUUGAUGCUUUUCGAGAUUGUAGCGAUAAUGCAGAUAUCGCUGCAUUUUUUACAAUGAGAAAAUCAGUAUUAUACUUCUGUGUCACUGGAAAUUGCAAGAAUCUUUGUAUCAUAUCCAAAGGUAAAGUAAGGAUUCAGAGCAGUCAAAAAACCAUUUGGCAUUCAGUGUUCUCCAAGUAA